CAUAGAGGCGGAGCGCUAGCGCGCCCCCUAUCCUCUUCCUCCCCGCCAGCCCGCCCGGAAGCGGCGCGGGGCCGGGGCGCUGCGGGCCGCGCUAUGGCGGGCACAGCGCUCAAGCGGCUGAUGGCUGAGUACAAGCAACUGACCCUGAACCCACCAGAAGGGAUAGUAGCAGGUCCUAUGAAUGAGGAAAACUUCUUUGAGUGGGAAGCUCUGAUUAUGGGUCCUGAAGAUACCUGUUUCGAGUACGGGGUUUUCCCUGCUGUUCUGAGCUUCCCACUUGACUAUCCUCUAAGUCCUCCGAAGAUGAGGUUCACGUGUGAGAUGUUCCAUCCAAACAUUUACCCAGAUGGGAGAGUUUGCAUCUCUAUUCUUCACGCUCCUGGGGAUGAUCCCAUGGGAUAUGAGAGCAGUGCUGAGCGGUGGAGUCCUGUGCAGAGUGUGGAAAAGAUCCUCUUGUCUGUCGUUAGCAUGCUGGCAGAGCCAAACGAUGAAAGUGGAGCCAAUGUAGAUGCCUCCAAGAUGUGGCGGGAAGACAGAGAACAAUUUAAUAAAAUUGCCAAGCAGAUUGUGCAGAAGUCACUUGGACUUUAAGCUCACAAAAAGACUGAAAUGUUUUGUAUUUCUCUCCACCUGAAAAAGAGCAGUGCUCAGUGCUGGUACCAAAAAGGAAAACUUUGCAAAACUAUUGGUCUAGUUCUUAUCCUUCAUUAUUUAUUUGCCAUCUCUUUUCUGCUUCCGCUGCUGCACAGAAGCCUCUAGUUUACUCACUAAAUUGUAUGGGAAAGGGAUUUUUUUGCUGGGGAAAAUAAUGGGAACAGUGCUGUUUGAAAGGCUCUUUGUUGCUACCUCACUUCAUGGUAUGGAAAGCUUGGAAACUUUGCAAUCUGCAGCCCGCUUCUGUCAAUCUGCUAUUGGAGAACAGCCUUAGUUAGAUGGCCUGCUGGAGGAAUUAGCUUUGCAUUUGUAUAGGCAGCAUUGCAUUGGGAACACCAGUAGGCAGAAAAUAAUUAUUAGUUUUAUUAUAACAGCUAAGUUAAGGACAGCGUUUGCAGUCAGAACUGAUUUGAAGAGUGGUUAACCAGAGAAGCUAUAAAACAGGGUUGUAGACAGAAUGGUUUAACAUAGGAAGUGAUUCAGCACCAUCUAACUUGAAGAUCCACGUGGUCAUUGCCAGCAACUGGCUGGUGCUCCUGCGUUACACUGUGAAUUUGUACUGAGCCUUAGAGUUAGGGUUUGCUUGGAAGAAAGCCCAAGAAUUGCUUUAUUGGUCCUUGAAGACAUUCAGUAUAAACAUGACAUUCAAUUGGAGGUGCAAGAUGUAAAGACUGAGUUUUUAAAUACAUACAGGGUUCGCUGUGAGCCCCCAGUAUGUCAUCUGCAGCCUGAAAAUGCAAUGAGGUUGUUCCUGCUCCAUGGGGGAUGUGAGAUAUCUCUGCAGUUACGUCAGCUCUUCUCUCCUGUAGCCAUUUGGACGCUCAGAAAAUGAGGCAUCGCUGGCCUUUGCCACCACAGCCCAGGUCACCCAGUUUUCAGGUGAAGGAGCCUUUGCCACCGAUAAGUUUUGUCAAAUGGACUGCAAUGCUUCUUUAUGCUCAAUGCUGUAAGUAGGAGUCGCAGGCAACCUCAGUUCUGUUCUCUGGAGGAUGGUAAGAUGCUUGUUUAAAAGGGCAGAACGCUGUAGGCCACUUCUGGUGGCAGGAGAUGACCUGCAAUGCUUUGUGAAGCUGCUUGGGAGCCGCUGGUGACCUCUGUGCUUUGCAAGUGAGUCUCUUGUUUAAAGCCAAAUCCUCUCCAAUUUAUUACAGGCAGCAACGCCCAUUGAUGGCAUGUGAAAUUCUGUUGGCUGCUUUAAAUGAGCUACGUUUGAGAAAGACUGUUUUUCUAGGAGAAGCUUGGGAAUGGAAGGAGCUGCGCUGUGCAGAAAGCUUAAUGGAGGAGAUUGUGUGCAUAUGUGUGUGUGUUGAACUUGUCAGUAUUUACAUCGUGCUGCACAUGCUGCUUAUUCACAGGCUGCAGAUUGCUGGCUGCCACUUUUCUCAUCUUUAAAGUUUGUAUUGCUGAGCUUAGCCCUGUAGAAGUAAUUCUUGUCGCUUUGGUGGAAGGGUGCAAGGUGGACCCAGCGUAACGUGGGAGCAGAGAUGACAAGAUAGUAUUGUACCUAACUAGUAUUUCAAGGCAUACAGGAAAAUGUAGCAUUUAUAUGCAAAAUGACAGUGGUUUGGGGGUUAUAAUAUAUGAAGUGUAGCUCCUGCAAGUACCUCAGCUGCUGUUGGAGAGCUGUGUGCACUGCAGAGCAAACGCUGUGUUCAGCAGACAUGGCAAAGUGAGGCUCUUUUUAAGUGCAGAGUGUUUUAAUCGUGUGUGUUUGCUCGUUAUUUUACAGUGGGAUUUAGUCUGUAUUCUGAAAAUAAAGUGAUUGUUUUUUCCUUUGAUAACUACA